AUGAAGAGAACCGAAGGGAAAUCCAACAGAGAGAGAGAGAGAGAGAGAGAGGUGAGCCCCGUAAUCCCGAAAUCUAUCCACCCACUGACCUGUCCCCAUUUGACUCCCUUCGACGCUAAUCCUUGUACCCACCAUCUCCUCCUCCUCCUCGUCCUUCAGAUUCACUGCGCUCUCUUUCUCGCCGUGUAUCUGCAAUGGAGGCCCUGUCUUCUUCGCUGUCCCUUCGACAGGGCAUCUGCAAUGGUGGGUCGGUCUCCGUCUUCGGUUUCUCCCCGAAAUCCCUGAGCUUCCCUGCUCGUGACCCGAAAAGGCGCGGCUUUGGGGUCACCAGGGCCUCCGUCCUCGUCGAGAAAGAGACCCAGGAGGCCAAGACCUCGUUCCUUGUCAUUGGCACCAGAGGAAGCCCACUAGCGCUUGCUCAAGCUUAUGAGACAAGAGACAAGCUGAAGGCUAGACAUCCUGAACUAGCUGAAGAAGGGGCUAUCGAGAUAAAGAUUAUAAAAACUACCGGUGACAAGAUUCUCACACAACCGCUUGCUGAUAUUGGAGGGAAGGGAUUGUUUACUAAAGAAAUAGAUGAGGCUCUGAUAAAUGGAGAAAUCGACAUUGCUGUCCAUUCUAUGAAGGAUGUACCAACAUAUUUACCCGAGAAGACAAUACUUCCUUGCAAUCUUCAAAGAGAGGAUGUGAGGGAUGCAUUUAUUUCUAAGACUGCCAGUUCGCUUGCUGAUCUUCCUGUGGGAAGCAUUAUUGGCACAGCAUCCCUGCGGAGAAAAUCACAGAUAUUACACGGAUAUCCUUCACUCAGUGUACAGGAGAACUUCCGAGGAAAUGUUCAGACACGUCUAAGAAAGCUUGAUGAAGGAAUAGUUCAGGCAACACUGCUGGCAUUAGCUGGACUUAAAAGGCUAAGCAUGACAGAGAAUGUGACUUCCAUUCUCCCAAUCGAGGAUAUGCUUCCUGCUGUUGCUCAAGGCGCCAUUGGAAUUGCCUGCAGAAGUAAUGAUGAGAGGAUGGCUGAUUACUUGGCCACACUGAACCAUGAGGAGACGAGAUUAGCAGUUUCUUGUGAGCGGGCCUUUUUGGAGACAUUAGAUGGUUCAUGCAGGACUCCAAUUGCAGGAUAUGCAUGUAAGGAUGAGGGCGGAAACUGUUUAUUUAGAGGGUUGGUUGCCUCUCCUGAUGGGACCCGCGUCCUUGAAACGUCAAGAAAAGGACCAUACACGUACGAAGACAUGGUUCUGAUGGGAAAGGAUGCUGGAAAAGAACUCCUAUCGAGGGCAGGUCCCGGGUUUUUCGAUUCAUGAGAAGUCUGAAGAUCAAAACUAGGAGGAGAACUUGGACACAGUUACUUUACCACUGUGGGGUUUCCCCACCGAGUUUGCUGGCGAUCUGACCCUUCUUUCUUGCAAUCUUAAAGGAUGUCUUGUGUGUUGUAAACUAGAAGCUGUUGCUGCUGAUUGAUUAGGGCAUAAGUGGAAUGUUAGAAAUUUUUGUUCCCUUUUCCUUUCGAGCAAGUUGAAAUGUUAAAAUUGCGCGGAUCUUUCUCCGUCUUGGCAGGAUAGCCACCGGGUUCUAGGCAUUACAAAGCGGCUAUGAGGAUCUCCUAUGUAUCAUUCAAAACAUGUAUGUUUGGGUAAGUUCAAUGGAAAAUAAAUUCUUGAUUUAA